UGUUGUACUUGAGCCGUAGGCAAGGAGCUAUAUAAGGUUGCGUAAGCUAUAUAAAUGGGUGUAAGACUCUCUCCUCUGGUCAAAUCAGUUUUCACCAAAGUGGCCACUCCAGCCCCAAGUAAUACCAUGGGGAGGUUUGUGUUAGUUGUCCUCUGGGCACUAUCUUUCUGCAGAGGUUUAGAAGGAAUAUCAGGACCAUUUGGCUCUUUGGAGGAAACAUCAACAGCCAGAAACAGAGGGUUGUGCAGCACCUGGGGAAAUGGAGCCUUCAGGACAUUUGAUAACGGUUUUUAUCAUUUCACAUCAACCUGCAACUAUAUUCUGAGUCGCCACUGUAAAGGUGGCACAGAAGAUUUUAACAUUCAAAUCCGCCGAGGCCCAGAUGGCAAUUUGGAACAUGUAUUCAUCCAAAUAGAAGGUGUCAAGGUUCUCAUAGUGAACGGGACAAUCACUGUGCAAGAUGCAUUAGUGAGUCUUCCACAUAACGACAAGGUACUUGGCAUCCAUAAACACGGAGUUAACACCAGACUUUCAAACAGGAAACAUACUAUUUUAGUGAACUGGAAUGGUAAUGAUGCUUUAUGGGUACAUCUUGAUGAUAAAUAUCAAGGACAACUGUGUGGCCUUUGUGGAGACUUUGACAAAAGCAGCAGCAUUGUUUAUGAUGCGACCUUUCUUGUCACAAAUAAAUUGAAUGUUCUGGGCCACACGUGUUACAUCAACCGAUCUUUACAGCCAUCAUGUAAUGCAAACACUAAAUGCCAUCCGAUUUCUUCACUGUUCCUCUCGUGUUACGAGAUCGAAGUGUCAACCAAAUACUGGGAACUGUGCCAGGCAGAUAUCUGCAGCUGUAAAACAUCAAGGUGCGAAUGUGCUUUUUUUGAAGAAAUGGCACGGCGAUGUAAUGAAGGACUGAGUAACAUGUGGAAAAACUGGAGAAAUGAGACGGGGUGUGCGACGCCCACUUGCCCAAGAAAUCAGAUUUAUAAGGAAUGUGGUUCUGCCUGUAUUCCAACCUGUACUGAUCCAAAUCCCCAACUGCAGUGUGAUCAGUGUGUGAGUACAUGUGUCUGUCCAGAAGGCCAUCUUCUGGAUAACAUAAGAGGUUCCAAAAAAUGCGUCAGCAAAACUGAAUGUCCUUGUGAAUAUGGUGGGCAGUUUUAUAACUCGGGAGAUAUCAGAACCACAUCCUGCCAGUCAUGCACUUGCAAACAUGGGAGCUGGUCAUGCUCCCAUCCCAGCUGUCCUGGCACAUGCACGAUUGAAGAAGCAACUUAUUUUACAACGUUCGACAACAGUUACUACAGUAUAAUUGGAGAUUGUUCAUACUACGCUGUGGUUACAAACAGCUGGACCAUCAAGGUCGAUAUCCGACAGUGUCAAGCAGCUUUUGAACAGUCUUGUUUGCAGCGAGUUGUCCUCACUACAAAUCAGACGACUUAUGUGUUCAGCAAUGAUGGCAAGGUGUAUUCGAACGGACAGGCAAUUGGAAUUCCAAUGAAAACAGGCAGAAUAAUAAUAUAUCAGAAGUCCUCUAUGUUCAUUCAAGUCGCAACAACAUUUGGCCUGAAGAUGCAAGUGCAGACAGCACCUGUUAUGCAGCUUUACAUUUCAUUGCCUGUGUAUGCAAAAGGAACCACAAAAGGUUUAUGUGGCACUUUCAAUGGUGAAGCUGAAGAUGACUUUCUAUCUGCACAAGGCAUUUUGGAAAGCACUCCUGUUACAUUUGCUGAUUCCUGGAAGACUGAUGACAGCUGUCCUGAACAGAAAAUACCAGUCCCUUGUGUCAGUUCAGAAAAUGAAAACUAUGCCAAGCUAUAUUGCUCUCAAUUGAAAGAUCCAACAAGUGCUUUCUCCAUCUGCCAUUCCACUGUGGAUUACCUGAAAUAUUAUCAGAUGUGUGUGGCAGCUACCUGUGCCUGCGAGAAUAUCAAUGACUGCCUGUGUGCUGCCUUGGGAACAUACGUCCAUGAGUGUGCUGCUAAUGGUGUUAUCGUGAGAAUUUGGAGAGGAAACAUUUGCAAUAAACCGUGCACCAACACUCAGACCUUUGACACUGACAUGAGAGCCUGUAACCGUACCUGUGGGUCACUCGCAAUAUACGAUUACACUUGUGAUGUCGAGGAUACUCCUGUUUUUGGCUGCGGCUGUCCUGAGGGAAAAUACAUGGAUGGCACUGGAGCUUGUGUUGACAAGUUGGACUGCCCGUGUUACAUUGGUGACAUGGUUGUCAAUAAAGGGCAGAGUAUUACACUGAAUGGAAGAAGCUGUAAGUGUGAAAAUGGGAAACUUGAUUGUCCGGUCAUUCCUACACCCGGUAGAGAAUGUCAGAACGGGAAACUAUAUAAUGAUUGCACCAAUCCUAAUGUAAAUAAACAGUCAUGCAGAAAUCGAAAUAUUCCUCAGGUGUUUAGUCCGUGUUUACCUGGCUGUGUCUGUCCUGAUAAUCUUGUGGAAGAUGACAGUGGAAGAUGCAUCCGUCCUGAGCAGUGUCCUUGUGUGUAUGGAGGAGAAAAGCAUCCUGCUGGAAAAACAAUCCAGCGAGACUGCAAUCAUUGUACAUGCAAUGCCGGAAUAUGGAAAUGCACUACAAAUUCAUGUCCAAAGACCUGCCAGGUUCAUGGAGAUGGCCAGUACAUCACCUUUGAUGGAAAAAGAUACAUGUUUGAUGGCAACUGUGAAUAUAUUUUUGUUGAGGACCAUUGCAAUCAAGGAGAAGGGACAUUCCAAAUAUUAAUAGAAAGUGUUCCAUGUUGCGAAAAUGGAGUGACCUGCUCAAGAAACAUCAAAAUUUUGUUUGCGGAGGUAGAAUUCCUUCUAACUGAUGGAAGAGUGGUAAGGACUGGUAAAUCUCGUCAAACCCAGUGUCGAGAUAAUUCUUAUUCAUUUCACACGGUCGGACUUUAUUUAAUCCUCUCAUUUUCAAAUGGGAUUGUUGUGAUAUGGGAUAGACACACAAAGUUUUCGAUAACAUUGGACCCAAGAUGGAAAAACAAAGUAUGUGGACUGUGCGGAAAUUUCAAUGACGAUGUUGCAGAUGAUCUAAAAACAAAAGGGAAUUCUUUGGUGUCCAAUACUGUAAAAUUAGGAAACAGCUGGAAAUCUUCAUUGUCUUGUUCAGAUGUAUUGAAUCAAACAUUUCCUUGCGAUAGAAACCCAUACUGUUUAGCAUGGGCUCAGAGGAGAUGCAGCAUAAUGAAGGAUGUUGUGUUUCAAAAUUGCCAUAAAAAGGUAGACCCAGUCCCAUAUUAUGAUGCUUGUAUUGAAGAAGCUUGUGCCUGUGACAUGGAAGGGAAAUAUCUGGGCUUCUGCACUGCUGUAGCUGUGUAUGCAGAAGCUUGUAAUAAAGCUGGAGUUUGUAUUAAUUGGAGAACACCGGACUUGUGUCCUGUUUACUGUGACUAUUAUAACCCUCCCGGCGAGUGUAGCUGGCACUAUCAGCCUUGUGGAACAAUAAAAACGCGAACAUGCUCCGACCAUCACAUCGGGAAAAAAUAUUCUGCAGUUCUUGAAGGUUGUUAUGCAAGAUGUCCUGAGAAUACUCCGUAUCUGGAUGAAAAUAAAAUGAAAUGUGUUAAUCUACCUGAUUGUACUUGUUAUUAUAAUGGGAAAAUAUUGCUGCCAGGCAAUAGAACCAUGAAUGAUUGUGAAGAAUGUGUGUGCACGAAUGGGAAAGUGAUAUGCAGAGAACUAAAAACAACAACAAUAACAGCAACAACACCAACAGAAACAGCAACAACAACAGAAGUAGCGCCUACAACUUCACCAACCACAUCAGAAACAACAUCAACAACAACAAAGUUGCCACCAACAACGACAUCGUAUGAAACAACAUCAACAACAACAAAGAUGCCACCCACAACAACAUCGUCCAGCAGCUACACAACUGACUGGAAAUGUAAUGGUGUCUGGUCUGAAUGGUAUAAUGACCACAGACCAUCUGAAUACAGUCCAGGCGAUACUGAAUUACUGGAAUCCAUACGGCAAGAUCUGUGUCCUUCCAGUUACUGUACAAUUAAAAAAGUUGAGUGCCAAUUUGUCGAGUUCCCUGAGUGGCCAAUAAGUGAAUCACCAGACAAUGUGACCUGUGACCUAGACGUAGGACUGGUCUGCACAGUCUCCAAUAAGUCUUUGGAGGAAUUGAACAUCUGUCUUGACUAUCGAAUUCGAUUUUGCUAUGAUCAUGAAGCAACAACUCCAAGUACAACAUCCACAACAACAAUUUCUGAAACAACAUCAACAACAACAAAGUUGCCACCAACAACGACAUCGUAUGAAACAACAUCAACAACAACAAAGGUGUCACCCACAACAAGUUACACAACUGACUGGAAAUGUAAUGGUGUCUGGUCUGAAUGGUAUAAUGACCACAGACCAUCUGAAUACAGUCCAGGCGAUACUGAAUUACUGGAAUCCAUACGGCAAGAUCUGUGUCCUUCCAGUUACUGUACAAUUAAAAAAGUUGAGUGCCAAUUUGUCGAGUUCCCUGAGUGGCCAAUAAGUGAAUCACCAGACAAUGUGACCUGUGACCUAGACGUAGGACUGGUCUGCACAGUCUCCAAUAAGUCUUUGGAGGAAUUGAACAUCUGUCUUGACUAUCGAAUUCGAUUUUGCUAUGAUCAUGAAGCAACAACUCCAAGUACAACAUCCACAACAACAAUUUCUGAAACAACAUCAACAACAACAAAGUUGCCACCAACAACGACAUCGUAUGAAACAACAUCAACACCAACAAAGAUGCCACCCACAACAACAUCGUCCAGCAGCUACACAACUGACUGGAAAUGUAAUGGUGUCUGGUCUGAAUGGUAUAAUGACCACAGACCAUCUGAAUACAGUCCAGGCGAUACUGAAUUACUGGAAUUCAUACGGCAAGAUCUGUGUCCUUCCAGUUACUGUACAAUUAAAAAAGUUGAGUGCCAAUUUGUCGAGUUCCCUGAGUGGCCAAUAAGUGAAUCACCAGACAAUGUGACCUGUGACCUAGACGUAGGACUGGUCUGCACAGUCUCCAAUAAGUCUUUGGAGGAAUUGAACAUCUGUCUUGACUAUCGAAUUCGAUUUUGCUAUGAUCAUGAAGCAACAACUCCAAGUACAACAUCCACAACAACAAUUUCUGAAACAACAUCAACAACAAGAAAGUUGCCACCAACAACGACAUCGUAUGAAACAACAUCAACAACAACAAAGAUGCCACCCACAACAACAUCGUCCAGCAGCUACACAACUGACUGGAAAUGUAAUGGUGUCUGGUCUGAAUGGUAUAAUGACCACAGACCAUCUGAAUACAGUCCAGGCGAUACUGAAUUACUGGAAUUCAUACGGCAAGAUCUGUGUCCUUCCAGUUACUGUACAAUUAAAAAAGUUGAGUGCCAAUUUGUCGAGUUCCCUGAGUGGCCAAUAAGUGAAUCACCAGACAAUGUGACCUGUGACCUAGACGUAGGACUGGUCUGCACAGUCUCCAAUAAGUCUUUGGAGGAAUUGAACAUCUGUCUUGACUAUCGAAUUCGAUUUUGCUAUGAUCAUGAAGCAACAACUCCAAGUACAACAUCCACAACAACAAUUUCUGAAACAACAUCAACAACAAGAAAGUUGCCACCAACAACGACAUCGUAUGAAACAACAUCAACAACAACAAAGGUGCCACCCACAACAAGUUACACAACUGACUGGAAAUGUAAUGGUGUCUGGUCUGAAUGGUAUAAUGACCACAGACCAUCUGAAUACAGUCCAGGCGAUACUGAAUUACUGGAAUCCAUACGGCAAGAUCUGUGUCCUUCCAGUUACUGUACAAUUAAAAAAGUUGAGUGCCAAUUUGUCGAGUUCACUGAGUGGCCAAUAAGUGAAUCACCAGACAAUGUGACCUGUGACCUAGACGUAGGACUGGUCUGCACAGUCUCCAAUAAGUCUUUGGAGGAACUCAACAUCUGUCUUGACUAUCAAAUUCGAUUUUGCUAUGAGCGUGAAGCAACAACUCCAAGUACAACAUCCACAACAACAAUUUCUGAAACAACAUCAACAACAACAAAGGUGACACCCACAACAAGUUACACAACUGACUGGAAAUGUAAUGGUGUCUGGUCUGAAUGGUAUAAUGACCACAGACCAUCUGAAUACAGUCCAGGCGAUACUGAAUUACUGGAAUCCAUACGGCAAGAUCUGUGUCCUUCCAGUUACUGUACAAUUAAAAAAGUUGAGUGCCAAUUUGUCGAGUUCACUGAGUGGCCAAUAAGUGAAUCACCAGACAAUGUGACCUGUGACCUAGACGUAGGACUGGUCUGCACAGUCUCCAAUAAGUCUUUGGAGGAAUUGAACAUCUGUCUUGACUAUCAAAUUCGAUUUUGCUAUGAGCAUGAAGCAACAACUCCAAGUACAACAUCCACAACAACAAUUUCUGAAACAACAUCAACAACAACAAAGGUGACACCCACAACAAGUUACACAACUGACUGGAAAUGUAAUGGUGUCUGGUCUGAAUGGUAUAAUGACCACAGACCAUCUGAAUACAGUCCAGGCGAUACUGAAUUACUGGAAUCCAUACGGCAAGAUCUGUGUCCUUCCAGUUACUGUACAAUUAAAAAAGUUGAGUGCCAAUUUGUCGAGUUCACUGAGUGGCCAAUAAGUGAAUCACCAGACAAUGUGACCUGUGACCUAGACGUAGGACUGGUCUGCACAGUCUCCAAUAAGUCUUUGGAGGAAUUGAACAUCUGUCUUGACUAUCAAAUUCGAUUUUGCUAUGAGCAUGAAGCAACAACUCCAAGUACAACAUCCACAACAACAAUUUCUGAAACAACAUCAACAACAACAAAGGUGACACCCACAACAAGUUACCCAACUGAAACACCAACAAUUACAACAAAAAAGGUACCACCUACAACUACAUCAACCAGCACCUACACAACUGAAUGGCAUACAACAGUGACAACUGCUACAAGUUCCCCUAUUCACAGCACCACUACUGAACUGUUUUGCAAUGGAGAAUGGUCAUCCUGGUUUAAUACCAAUACGCCAUCUAUUCAGGAUAAAGGCGAUUAUGAACUGUUGGAAGAAUUACCCCCAAUGUGUCCCUAUAAAAUAAGUGACAUUAAUUGCGAAGCUAUCAAGUUCCCACAGCAACCAAUAAAUAAAACACAGGACAUUGUUACUUGUGAUAGAACGAAAGGGCUGAUCUGCAAUUACACUGACCAGAGUCCCAAGGAUCGCCUCAUGUGUCUGGAUUAUAGAAUUAGAGUGUGCUGUGAGCGAAAGCAGAGUACUACCACAAUAAUUCCCACAAUCUAUGAGACCCCAUCCAAGAAUGUCACAUACAGUCCACCGGAAUCAUGUGUUUGCAAUUCAUACCCACGAAGGAAGUGUUUGGAAUCAUGGCAGGACAACUGCACAAUUGUUACCUGUAUGAAAGGAGAUACGUAUAAAAUCGAGCCCGUUAUCUGUCCAGAGUUGGGUAAACCAAAAUGUGGUAAUAAUAUUGAGCCUGUGAAAGUUCGCACCGAAAACGGAUGUUGUGAGCAGUGGGAAUGUGAAUGUGAAUGUGAUGUAUGGGGAGACCCUCAUUAUACCACAUUUGGCGGUUUGUCAUAUGACUUCUUUGGUAACUGCACAUAUACACUAGUGGAAGAAAAAAUCCCAAAGUACAAUUUCUCAGUUCUGGUGGAUAAUUAUUUUUGCAUCCCCUUCAUAAAGAACUCUUGCCCAAAAGGCCUAAUUAUCUCUUAUAAUGGAAACGUUGUGCAUAUUUCAACUGGGGGAGAAUAUGUGUUAACAGUCAAUGGAAUAAACGUGAAACUUCCCUACAAUUCAAAAGGAUUUAGCAUUACAAAAUUAGGCUCCAGCACACGUAUUUUUAUUCCUGACAUUCGAACAGUAAUUAAUGCUCUCCGUAAUGCCUUUAAGAUCAGAGUACCUGAAAAAUACUUCUUUAACAACACUCAAGGCCAAUGCGGAUCCUGCUCUGCAGACCAAUGCAUUAGAAAAAAUGGCAAAGUUGAGCCUUCUGACUGUUGUCACAAAACUGCAUUUGAUUGGAAAGUUGAUGAUCGCAGUAAACCUUACUGUGAUUCAGCUCCCACUAAUGUUCACUGUAGACCCCCUCUUCCUCCACCAACAUGCCCCGGUGUGAAAACAAUCUGUGAUAUCAUUCAUGGAGAACCAUUUGGAGAAUGCAGAAGGAAGAUCGACCUUAAGCGGUUUGUCAAUAGUUGUGACUUUGACCACUGUGUUCUCAAUUCCACUGCUGACUGUAGUAGCUUGGAAGCUGCUGCUGCCGCCUGUGCAAGUGUGGGGGUGUGUGUGGAUUGGAGGAAUUACACAAAUGGAAAAUGCAAUUAUAUCUGUGAUGAAGGUUUAGUAUACAAGCCAUGUGCAAGGAAUAACAGUGACUAUUGUGAACAUAAUGUGGUGAAAGCUGGAGAGAUGUUCAACCCAGCUGUGGAAGGCUGCUUUUGUCCAGAUGGAUUGGUCUUUUCUGAAGACAGGUCCAAAUGUGUUCCUUUUUGUGAAAGUUGCCAUGACUAUUUAGGACGGCCAAGAAAGAAUGGUGAGACAUGGGAAGAUCCUACAAAUCCGUGCAUUUCAUAUUCAUGCACACCGUAUGGAGUUUUAAUCAGAAAUCAGUCUUGCAUUCAGGAUGAAACCUGCCCUAAGUCUCAAAGAAUCUAUAUCAAUCGUUGCUGUUUUAAAUGCAAUCAAAUACAAGGUCAAUGCGCAAUCAAUAAAUUCAAUGAAACAAUAACAAAAGGAUAUUGUACAGCAACCUUUAUGGCAAACCGAUGUCAAGGACAUUGUGCAUCAGCAAGUUGGUAUGACACCAAAAGAUAUCGCAUGGACAAAUUUUGCCAGUGCUGCAAAGAAGCCAUUACUGAAAAGAUGAGUUUGAAAUUAUAUUGUCAAAAUGGACGCACCAAGAGAGUCAAAUACAUCGCAAUCAAGUCUUGCAAAUGCCAAAAUUGUGGAAAAUAGAUAUAAAUCGCUGCUGUAUAUGUACAUCUACUGUACCAAGGAUCAAGGUUUCAAAAUCUUGCAUGGAAAACUUUUCAAUGCAAUAUUAAAACUAAAUUUGGGAAAUAAUCUGCAUUAUAUUUUGAUAGAUUUAUUAUCUUCAAUCAAAUGUAAUAAUAGUUUCUUAAAAGCUUAAAAUGCUGUUUCUGUUCAAGGCUCUUGGUGAUGGGAAGCGGUGGAAUAUUUACAGUUCUGAUGUUAAGUGCCUGUUACAAUUUAUUUGAUCAGAGAUAAGAACCAAUAAACUUAACAAUAACAA